AAAUGCACGCAUGCGCUAAAGUUUUUCCCUAGUGUCGGCGGCGGCAACAUUGCGCGCAAUAUUUUGAAAUUCAGUCUCAGCUAAUUCGUUUGCACUAAAACGAAAACCAAUGACCAUAAGACUUAGUAUAGCAAGCGUGGUUAUCGAUGGAAGACGCCAGCCAUAUUGGCACAAUUUUGCGCGAUGUUGCUGAAACAGAAAACGUGCAGUCAUCUGUGUACCCAAUAUCUUUCAUGCCUAUCUUACAACUACAAAGUGAUGUCUGUCGGGAGAUUGGAUCGGUGUGAGCUGAACAACGCUACCAGGCAGUCGGUCCCAGAUUCUUAUAUUGAUAACCCACUCUACAACCACUACUACGAUCUGGAUACAGAGACUUCAAGAUCGUGUCUGGAUUACCUUCGAUAUGGCGCAACAAGAAAUGGAAUCUAUGACAUAACGGACAUCAGUGGAGAUUCCUAUCCAGUUUGGUGUGAUGUCACCUCUGAACCACGUUCAGCAUGGACCCUCAUCAUGUCCCAUGCAUUUCGUAACAAAGAUCAGCAAGCUUUUUGCCGGAAAACUUUAACCGAAGACGUUCCAGUCAACCAAGACAACCCGAAUUGGGAAGCCUAUCGACUGUCGCUGCGUCGCAUGCAGUUCCUAUUCAACCAAUCAACGCACUGGCGAGUGACAUCGAGUUCGUACAAAUAUGGCGUUGAUUUCCGCGAUUAUGUAAGAGCCAGCCUCUCAGCUUUCGACAUAUUGAGCUAUCUUGGUCGUGGCGAAUGUAAGAACGUCGAAUAUAUUAAUAUAAGGGGAAUCAAUGCUUCUUUUACCACUGUGCCCUUUUGGCAAUCACUAGCUUCUCCAGCCGACAUCUUGCACACUGAUAGUUCCCUUAACCCCUGUGCCUUUGAUGCAAGACAGGGAGCUGUUGCUAGCGAAAAUAAUUUUGGAUUGCUUUGCAUAGAUACCAAUCCUGCCUUUAGAGCCUCUGAGAGUGCUGAUAGCACUAAUGAACAUUGGAUGGGAGGAUAUUUGUAAACUUGAAGAGAUCCAUGGCAUACUAUUUCAUCAGUGAUCGCUCAGUGCACAUAUGCAUGCAGUCUUACUUUUAAAAUGCAUCAAAUAGCGACUCUUAAAGUGGCGUAGCGAGAAUAACGGAGUUGGAGGGACGUGCACACGUGUUUUGGCGCGGAAAAUCCCCGCCAAAUCCACAGGUAGCCCCUCAAAAUAGGAAAAAUGAAAAAUUGGGAUUUUUUUGCUGGAACACUCUGCUCGUUACGCCCCUGUACACUGAUGUUCAGUUUAACACAACUUCAGUUUUUAAGGGGUAGGGUCACGUGAUCUGUUGUUGCAAAAGGCCUCUUAUGGGGCAAAACGUUAAUUUUCACGGUUUAAUUUUGAUCGUGUGGGGUGUUCAUUUUUGCAUGCAGAAACAUAUCAAGGAAACAACGUUAGAUUAGCAGAUUCAAGACCUCUUUCGAUUGUACUCAGUCUACGUAAUUAGAUAGCCAAUGUGAAGUCAUUAGUCUGUAGUAUAUUAAGAGGAAAUUUUUUUCAACAAUGAGGAAUAAUGGCAAAA